ACCUGUGCCGUAGCAUAGAAGAACAUCCGAAAUUCAAGUUACAGUGCCGCCAAGAAGGACGCCUCUUUCGCCGCCAGCCCGCCGCCCCGCCCCGCCUGGCUCUCUGUCAAAGAACAAAAAUCCAGGACAGCGCGACUGAAGUUCCCCACACAGACUACGCAGUCACGCGGCUCGCCGCCUCACCGCCUCAGUGCCUCACUGCAUCACCGCCAACUGGUCACGGACUCACGGACCUUGGUAGUCGGCCUCUACAAUCUCUUAUACGGAGCAGUUUGUUGUAAGGGGCCUCAAAUUUGAGAGGACUGGCCCUGCUCUCUCUUUGUAUCAUCUUCCUCCACAAAACAUAAAAUACCAGAGCCACAGAUAACAGUCAUUCACAUGGCUUGUGCUAACCAAUUCCUGAGAACCUUCAUUCUUAACGGUGCCUCCCUAUGGCAAUUCUCUCCCGCACUCCUCCGAACGUAUACAGUCCCAGCGCUCACUCCUCUUCACUCUCACCGGCGGCACAGGCUAUUUUGCUUCAUAUCCUCGCAACUUACGCCUCGGCCCGAGAAUGAGUCAGAUAAACGGAGGCGGGACAACGUGGUGGAGAUUUUGGAGGAAAGGGGUUUGCUAGAGUCUGUCACUAGUGAAAACAUCAGGUCGAUUUGCUCCGACCCGAAUCACCCUCCUCUCAAAGUCUACUGUGGUUUUGACCCGACUGCAGAAAGUCUCCACCUUGGGAACCUUCUCGGUCUUAUUGUUCUCUCAUGGUUCCUUCGUUGCGGCCAUAAAGCUGUCGCUCUUAUUGGUGGAGCCACUGGCCGCAUUGGUGACCCGUCCGGCAAGAGUUUAGAGCGCCCCGAUCUCGACUAUGCUAAGUUGAAUCAGAACAUUGCCGGAAUUUCAGCUAACAUUCGUCAGAUACUAGUAGCGUCGCCAAAUUCAUCUAACCUUGAGGUUCUAGAUAACUAUGCUUGGUGGAAAGAUGUGAAAUUUCUAGAUUUCUUGGGUGAUGUAGGAAGGUUAGCAAGGGUUGGUACUAUGAUGUCCAAAGAAAGUGUGAAGAAGAGAUUGGAAAAUGCAGAGGAAGGAAUGAGCUACGCAGAGUUCUCCUACCAGUUGCUGCAGGGUUAUGAUUUUGUGCAUUUGUUCAAAAAGGAAGGCGUCACUGUUCAAAUCGGCGGCAGUGAUCAAUGGGGAAAUAUUACCUCAGGAACGGACCUUAUCCGCAGGGUAAUAGGAAAAUCCUCUGCAUCUCACGUGGCUUAUGGCUUGACAUUCCCGCUUCUCCUCAAGAGUGAUGGGACCAAGUUUGGGAAAUCUGAGGAAGGAGCAAUAUGGCUGUCCCCUUCACUUGUGUCGCCAUACAAGUUUUAUCAAUAUUUCUUCUCAGUUCCGGAUUCUGAUGUUGUGAGGUUUCUGAAGAUCCUUACCUUUCUGAGCAUUCAAGAGAUUGAAGAGGUCAGGCUCCAAAUGGGGAAGCUUCCCAAUACGGCACAGCGCAGGUUGGCUGAGGAGGUUACACGGUUUGUUCAUGGGCAAGAGGGGCUGGAGGAGGCUCUUAAGGCGACAGAAGCACUGAGGCCAGGCAAUGCAGAUCCUAGGUUGGAGUGGAAGACCAUUUCUGGAGAUGUUCCAUCUUGUUCAUUGCCUUUUGAUCAGGUUUUGAAUGUUCUGCUUUUGGAUCUUUCGGUUUCCAGUGGGUUGCUGGAGAGUAAGUCUGCCGCGCGGAGGAUGCUUAAACAAGGAGGGCUUUACUUGAACAAUGUUCGAGUUGAUAGCGAGGCUAAGAAGAUUGAGGAGGAGGAUAUUGUAGAUGGAAAAUUUCUGCUGCUGUCGGCUGGAAAGAAGAACAAGAUGGUUGUGAGAAUCUCCUGAGUCAGCCAUACAGCCCGCUUCUUGUAUACUUUAAAUUCUUUUUUUCAAAAUUCCAUUUGUGUGCAAAGACAUAAUUAUUUUAUAGAUCAUUAAAGCAGGUAAAACCUUGGGUACCUGAGUUCUACUACUUGCAUGAGUUAUAUGGUAUCAGACCGCUGUUCACUCACAAUCUGUUGUUUAGUGCAUUUUUUCCUCAAACAGAUUGGUGGGACUGCCGAUGGAUAUCAAUUCACAAGCCUCGCGUGGGAAGAAGACCCUACACUCCAACUUUCCUGAAAACCCAUCUAGCCGCACCACCAUCUUCAAGAUAUCUCCACGCCACAGCAGCAUCCAUUUCAACCAAGAAGUCCGAGUACCCUUUUGAGAUCGCAUAGUCCGUAGCAUACAACGCCGCUGAUAUCUCAGCUUCAAGCGACGAUUGAACUGAAAGAGGGAAAGAGAUAGCAAACAGCAUGACCCCCUCUACGUUCCUUAAAAUCGCACCGCCAGAGGCUUCUCCAGACUCCAGGUAAAAAUUUAGCAUCUGUAUUGAGCUUAGAACUACCAAUGGGCCGUUUCCAUUUCACAGCCUUGAAAUAACCUCCUUUGAGCUCGAAAUUAGGGGGAAUAAGUUUCUCUUCAUAAAGUAUAUCACCUAUUUCUCGAAUCUUAAAAUUAGAAAAGCUGGUGACCCAAUUCUGAGUAUAUAAUUUGAUUUGUGCGAUUAUGGACUCAGAUGAAGGAACACUGAUAGCCGAACCCCAGAUAAAUUGUAUAUGCAGUAUAUACUUAUAUGUAUAUUAGUGAUGAUGAAAGAAAUAAUGAAGAACUUGAGGUUGUGGGUUAUGUAACAUUAUCUGGGCAAGGAACUAGAUCAUUACCUGGCAUAUCUUUACUGCCGGCCAUUGAUGGUAAUGCAGACUUUUAUGAGGUUUCUCACAAGUAUGCCAUUGGGACUUACAUUUGCAAUUAAACUUUUUUUUGCAUAUUGUAUUCCUUCUUUUUUUGGGUGCAAUUGUAUUCCUUUUCUGUAACAACAACAAUGACAUUACCCCGGUGCCGCAAAGGCCCCCACAUACGGUGGGGUAAGGAGGUCGGAUGUACGUAGUCUUACCCUUGUCCUAAAGCACAAAGAGACUAUUUCCGGAUAAACUAUGAUGUAAAUCAGGUCGAUAUUUGCAUGAACCAACCGGUGCUUCAUAACAAAGAAGUGCAUACAGUUUAUUGAGUCAUUUUGCUUCAUAUCCCAAACCCAAAAAUAGCGAGUCUUUAGUUCCAUUGGUAAUGAUGGAAAUUAUUCAUUUUCUGUAAAUAAAAAAGAAAAGAAAACUGCAGUGAGGUCCGGUGAGGAAUGAUAAUGUUUAAAAGAAAAGAAAACUGCAGUGAGGAAAUUAUUCUUUUUCUCUUUACAUAUAUUUUUAGUCUCUCCAAGUGUAAUAUUUUAUAUCACUGUAAAAUUAUUUUUCUAUUUAUAGUGUUUAACGAUACUCAUCCUUUUUGUUUAAGGCUAUGUAUGUUGUUUUUCUUUUUUAGUCUACCACCGAUCGUAAUUCGUUACAAACUCCCUCUAAUAACUCUACUUAAUAGAUAUCUUUUUUUUUAAAAAAAGAUGCUUAAUAGAUAUCUUAUCAUUAGUUUUCAUAUCAUUUCAAAAAGUGCGUAAACUUUUUUCUAGAGGGACAUUAAAAUUAAUCAGCAUUAGUUUUAUACGUAGUAUUGUUUUAAACAUAGGUUAUAUGUUUAACUAUGUCAUUGGAUGACAGUGGGAAUCUAAUUUUAACUAACUCGGAUUUACCACUCUGAAAAAUUUGGGAUGAAUUUUUCAGAGCACAAAGUUUGAUAAAGUUGGGAUCAAUUCGUACUAACAAAAAUACUUAUCAUUAGAUAUAUAAAUAUUUUGUUACGUAUUUGUGUUUAUAGAAUAUAAUUACCAAGGAUCCAAGCAAUUGAGGCAUGCUAAAAAUGUUAUUGAUCAAUCUUUUAUAAACAUCCGAUAAGCAAACACAUUAAUUGAUAGCAUAGCUUUACAAAUCAAAAUUUUCACAUUAUAAUUACUAAUUUUUAAUUUACACACUAUUGUUUAGAAAAAAUGAGUAUGAAAUCAUUAAAUGUCUGAUUGUAGAGAAAUGUAAGCUACACCUUGUUAUCUUAUAUUAUUAUAGAGGACUAUUAUUAUUAACAAUAUAACUAUUAUUAAUAAUAAUAUAACUAUUAUUAUUAUUACUAUAACUAUUAUUGUAUUGCAAGACAAUAAUAAUGAUGUUUUUAAUCAGACCAAAGUUCUAUGAUUAGGUCCGUUUAAGUUUGGUCUGAUGACCUAAACUGAUCUGGUAUGGUAAGUGCCAGAUGUAUGUAUAUUUUACUUACUUAUUCUGAUCUGAUCAAGUCUAUUGUAUUUAAAUUUGAUCUGAUUUGAUGUAGUUUCAUUUAAUCAGAUCUGGUCUAGCUUAUAAUUGAAAACAUUCAAAUCAAAAAAUUGUAAACGUUCUGAUUUUUUUUGCGUUCAGUGAACUCCCGCUAAUUAUUUAUUACUAUUAUUAUUAUUAUUAUUAUUAUUAUUAUUAUUAUUAUUAAUACUACUACUAUUAGGGAAAAACAAUAACAAUACCCCACACUUUGAAGGGGAGUGAGGUAAACACCCCAACUUGCAUAUAUAAUUUAAAUACCCCAAACUUUAUAUAAAAAGUUUUUUUCGCACCAUUGUCAUGUAUUAUUUUUUUCAAAAAUGUAAAUUUAUGGGGUUAUUGCAUAAUUUAAAAUAGCAAAUUAAAAGUGUUGCAAUUGUAUAAAUUGGGGAUAACAUUAUUUAUUUCACAAUAGAAGUUUAGAAUGUUAAUUGUGUCUUCAUGAUUUCUAAAAUAUUUUAAAUGAUGCAGUUAACACCAUAAAUUUAAUUUUUUUAAAGAAAUAAUACUUGACUAUGGUGCUAAAAUAUUUUUUUUAAUAUAAAAUUUGGGGUAUUUAAAUUACAUAUGCAAAAUUGGGGUGUUCAUCUCACACUCUUUCAAAGUUUGGGGUAUCUUAAUUAUUUUCCCCUUAUUAUUAUUACUGUUAUUAUUAUUAUUAUUAUUAUUAUUAUUAUUAUUAUUAUUAUUAUUAUUAUUAUCAUCAUCAUCAUUAUAAAUAUCAUUUUGAAUUGAAAAUAUUCCAAUUACUCCAAUAUUCAUAUAACUCUUAUUUUUUAAUGGGUAUGAAACAUUAAAUAUCUAAUUGGAGGGAAAAGCAAUGUGCUACACCUUGUUACUUUAUAUUAUUAUGGAUAGAUAGAUAGAUAUCUAAUUGGGGGAAAAAGCAAGGUGCUACACCUUGUUACUUUACAUUAUUACAGAUAGAUUAUAGAUAGAUAUUCAUAUAACUCUUAUUUUUUAAUGGGUAUGAAGCAUUAAAUGUCUAAUUGGAGGGAAAAGCAAGGUGUUACACCUUAUUACUUUAUGUUAUUAUAGAUAAAUAUUCAUGUGACUCUUAUUUUUUAUUGGGUAUGAAACAUUAAAUGUUUAAUUGGAGGGAAAAACAAAGUGUUACACCUUGUUACUUUUUAUUAUUAUAGAAGAUAUUCGUGUAACUCUUAUUUUUUUAAUUUUUUUAAUGGGUAUGAAGCAUUAAAUAUGUAAUUGGAGAGAAAAACAAAGUGUUACACCUUGUUACUUAAUAUUAUUAUAGAUAGAUAUUACUCAGGGGUAUAUACAAAGGGGGACAAGGGGGCAAUUGCCCCUCAAGCCCCUACCCAACUUCAAUAUAUAUAGAAUUUUUAUUUAUAUACAUGGUUGUGUGUGAAAUUUAAAUAUAUGAAUAACUAAUGUCCCAAAAGUUUUAAAACCUUUUCCUAGUCCAGUGGUAUGAAACCCAAUUUUGUUCGAAUCCCUUUGGCUUUUCCACAAUCCUGAUUCUAUUUUUGCACUUUUAAUGUUUAAAAGGGUUUAAAAGAAUUUUAAUUAAUCAAAAAAUUAUUUUACCAAAUAGUUUAUUAGUACUUACAGAGUUACAGUUACAUAUUUGCACAUAAUAUAGACAAACUGGCAAAGUUUUUGACAACAUAUCAACUCUCUACUUAAAUUAAUUUUUAGUCCAUACCUUAUGAGUUCCUUGUGUCCUUUCCAUCAUUUGAAAUGGAGCCAAAAACUCACUAUUUUUUUGGUUUGGUAAUAUAAUAGAAUAAAACAAAAUGAUUCACUUAACUGACUGCGCUUCUUUGAUAUAAAACAAUAGUCAGUCAAUGCAAUUUUUUUUUCACUAUGGGUCUUCUGGUAACAGUCUCUCUGUGUUUUAAAUUUAUUUCAUGAAAUUGUAAUUAUCGACAAUGAAAUAUUUCCCUCAAAAGAAAUGUGAAGAUAAAUUUUUAGUGAAAAGUGAUAAUAUUUUGUUAUAGAACAAAUAAUUUUAAAUACAAUUUAAGUUUACCUUAGAUUAUGUUAUCAUAUUGUGGUCCGAUGAUUAUGAAAUGUGUGAUACGGAGUAAUAUUUUAGUACUAAUUCACCCCCUAAAGAAAAAUCCUGAAUAACCCAUUGAUCGUAUUACUUAUCCAAAUGUGAAGGAAUCGAAAAAUAAGUGAAAAUAUCCCGUUUGUCCACUUUUUCUAAUUCCAUUUCAUUUAUGUCAGUUGAUAAUUUGUUUUUUAUUUAGAGGCUUGUGCGUUUUCACUUUUAUUUUUUUUAAUUUCAAAAAUAACAUAACUCCUAUAUCAAAACCAAGUCUAUCUGCCACCUCAGUCUUGUUCGUCCAUCCUCAUAACCUAUUGAACUGAAGCAGAGCGACUGUGCGGCUGUUCUCCUCCCAUCAGCUUCACCUUCAAAGUUCAACCUCCGUGACUCUGUCCUCCUUGUUCCUGAUGGCCUCACCGUGAAUCAACCUGAAGCGCCUAAGUACAAAAGUCAGAGACGUGCACGAUCGUUCCCCGCCCGGCUCCACCCUUGCCUGCUCCGUUGACUGUUGCAUGACUCCAUUGUUGCUUUCCGAUUUGCAUGUAUGUGUGACUGUGUGAGAUUUUGAGAGUUUUACUUUCAUUCUAAUUGUUGUUAUAAUUCAUAUAGUUAGGAUUUAUGUCUGUUUCCGAUUCAGUUUUGUUUCACUUUCUGCUUUAUUUUUGUUAUAAUUUACUUUCAGUUUUAAGAUCCGCAACCACAUGACACACAUGAAUUUCAUAUUGGAGUAUUUAUUGAAAUAAUAUACUAAUGGUA